AUGACUCGUGCAAGCAAGGAGAAAUCAAGGAUAACUAGCGUGUGGAAAGGGAAUAACUACGCAGAGCAAAAACUUCAGCAGGAAAGAAAACCUCCGGUAGGCCGUUAUGUUUGGAGAGACGAAUCAUCAAAAUAUAAUCAUAAUUCGUUUGACGAGAGUCUUGGGGCUAAGGAUAUAACUCCCGAUGUUAUACUCCGUCUUGGUGAAGCUCCAUCCAGCUCGUCUUCCCAUCCUCCCUACCCCCUGAGCCUUGCUAAAUGA